AUGGAUGACAGCUUAUCCGAUAUUUUCGAUGACAAAGAAUUUGCGAACAACCACUUCGGUGCAGAUGAUCUCUUUUCCAUUUUGGAGAGCCUAGAAGACUUCACAGAUUUUCCUCUCGUUAAUGAAGAAGCUGUUAUUAUUACAGCUUCGAAAGAGAAAGAGAACGAGGACGACACCUCAAGACUGGUGUCACAAAAGUCAACCUCUUCAAGUGCUCCACAUGAUUCCGAAAUUGAGCUUGAAACCUCACCUAAAAGCAAGAGACAAAAGCUUGCCCCCACUUCCCCGGAGGAGCCAAACCCAGAUGGACAACAAAGGAUGUCUCACAUUACCGUUGAACGCAACCGAAGAAAACAAAUGAAUGAGCACUUGUCCGUCUUGAGAUCACUUAUGCCUUCCUUCUAUGUCAAAAGAGGAGAUCAAGCAUCGAUAAUUGGAGGAGUGGUUGAUUACAUCAACGAGUUGCAGCAGGUGCUCCAAGCCCUGGAGGCAAAGAAACAAAGAAAAGUUUACAGUGAAGUACUAAGCCCUAGGCUAGUUUCAAGUCCAAGGCCAUCACCACUUAGUCCUCGAAAACCACCUCUGAGUCCUAGACUAAACUUGCCUAUUAGUCCAAGGACACCACAACCAGGUAGCCCUUACAAGCCGAGGUUGCAUCAAGGAUACAUUUCACCCACCAUAUCCAACUCUCUCGAGCCAUCUCCUACUUCUUCUGCUUCCUCCAUCAUCGAUAGUAUCAAUGAGCUUGUUGCCAAUUCCAAGUCUGCUAUUGCCGAUGUUGAGGUCAAGUUUUCGGGUCCACAUGUUCUUUUGAAAACUUUAUCUCAACGAAUUCCAGGGCAAGCUCUGAAGAUCAUGUCAGCACUUGAAGAACUUGCGCUUGAAAUCCUUCAUGUGAACAUUAGCAGUACUUCCGAUGACACCAUGUUAAACUCAUUCACUAUCAAGAUUGGAAUUGAAUGCCAACUCAGUGCCGAAGAACUCGCUCAACUAAUCCAGCAAACAUUCUGCUAA